AUGAUAUCAACAUUUGGUGAAGAUGAACAUCAUAACAUCGAUGACGAAUUAAAGCUGUUUGAGCGAGAAAUAGCUGCUUUGGAAACAGAAACUCAAAAUGAUACGAUCACCGAUACAGAGCAUUCACCUUCAAAUCCAAAUUUGUCAUCGGUAUCCAGUUCUCCAGACUCACCUACUUCAAAAACCUCUACAACAGCUCAGCCAGCACCACAACCUAUAGGUCCAACUAUGCAGUCAGAAACAAGACCGGUUAUGGGUCCGUUUCUUAAUAAUUCAGGAGUACCGAAUACUUCAAAUUCAUCAGUUCGUCCUACUCCUCCGCCCUUCUUACCUCACAUGAUGAUGCGUCCAGGAUUUAUACCCCAACCGAACUUAGGAAUGCGUUUCAUACCACCCCAGUUACGACUUCCUUUAGUUGGUUUUAUGCGUCCUCCGUUGCAAAUGUCAAUCCAGCCAGUUAUUCUUGAAUCGGGUCCUAGUAUGUAUGAUGAUUCAGUGAAAGGAGCUGAUAUGAAAAGUGGAAAGAAAAAUGCAGUAAUUGAAUCGAAUCCUAUGAAAACUCAAGUUCUCGCAUCAGACGUAGAGGCCAUUGCACAGAAAAAGUUUUUCGAAGCAGCUCAUCGUUCAACCUAUAUUAAUCAAGUCAUGCGGGGUGAAAGAAAGAUGAAGAGGUUUCUUCGUUGUGGUGGCGGACAGGUUUGGGAAGAUAAGUCGUUGGCAGAAUGGGAUCCUAAUGAUUUCCGUAUCUUUUGUGGGGAUUUAGGCAAUGAAGUGUCGGAUGAAUUGUUGGCGAAAGCUUUUCGGAAAUAUCCAAGUUUUCAGAAAGCAAAAGUAAUCCGUGAAGCUAGGACAAAUAAGUCAAAGGGCUAUGGAUUUGUCUCAUUCAAACACCAAGAUGAUUUCGUUCGCGCAUGCCGUGAAAUGGAUGGAAAGUAUGUAGGGAAUAGACCAAUAAAGUUGAGAAAAAGUAACUGGAGAGAACGAAAUAUGGAGGUGGUUAAAAAGAAAAAAAAACAAAAGCAGAAACUUGGAUUGUCUUGA